AGUCCGCCACCAUGGAUGUCUAAAGUUCAAGUUUAACAAGGAGAGAACAAGUUGAUACUUUAUUUCACCGUCGAAAAGGGACUUGUCAGCGGCGGUGUCUACCCCCACAAAAUGCCUGAUUUGAGAGGAAAGGUAGCCAUAAUUACAGGUGCCAGUUCCGGUAUCGGGAAGGGGACAGCUGUGGAAUUUGCUGGACUGGGAGCGCACCUGGCUCUGACUGGGAGGAACCAGGAAAACCUGCAGGCCACAGCAGAUGCCUGUGUGGAGGCAGGGACUCCGCGAGACAAAAUUCUGCUCGUGACAGGAGACAUCUGUGACGAUAAAGUGCGGAAAAACCUGGUGGAUCAAACUGUGCAGAAGUUUGGCAGGCUCGAUGUGCUGGUAAACAAUGCUGGGAUUAGCUAUCUCGCGGGUCUAGAGACAACAGACAUGGCGAAAUAUGACAAACUGAUGAACGUCAACUUGCGCAGUGUGGUGGCCUUGACUCAGCUCUGCGUGCCACAUCUCGCAAAGACUCGAGGCGCCGUUGUAAAUGUAUCGAGUAUUGCGGGGUUGAGGGCGGUCCCAAUUGUUCUUGCAUACUCUAUGAGCAAAUCAGCUUUGGACCAGUUCACAAGAUGUGCAGCACUUGAACUGGCUUCCAAGCAAAUCAGGGUCAACUCUGUCAACCCAGGUUACAUUCCGACAGAGGUCCUGAAAAAUGCCGGGCUCAGUGAAGAGCAAGCCGCCCAAUUCCUGGAGCGUGAAAAGUCGAACCACGCCCUGGGGAGGGUAGGGGAGGUUGAAGAAGUCGCGAAGACGAUCGCCUUCCUCGCCUCGUCCGACGCCUCUUUCAUUACCGGCGCCCAGGUUCCCGUGGACGGCGGGAGGCACGCGAUGUGCCCCCGCUAAGGGGAGACUCACACGUGCGUAUAUAUUCACGUCCAUAAGAGAUCCUUAUGGAGUUCUUACCCUCUACCUUGCUCCACAGGUCACUGUAAAAAUAGUGGAAAUUGGACAUGUGCAACACACCAAAUGAGUUAGCUGGCGGAGGAGUAUGGUUUGCGACCGAGCUAACUCGUCUGGAAUAUUAUCUUGUCUAUAUUUGUCCAAUUCUAUUAUUUUUUCAGCAACCUGUGGAGCAUGGUAGAAGCUAAGACUUCCACACGAUCCUCAUUCGGACUUGAAUAUGUGUGAAACCACCUUAACGUACGUCCGUUAUGAAUAAGACGAGAUACUUCAAUCAACCAUGAUUGUUAAGGAAAUACUCAAGGUAUGCAUGCAGUAUGUGUUCUGGAUCCUGCGCCUGCAAGCAUAUUGUUUUGAUCUCACUUGAAAGGAAGCGGAAUAACAAAUAUUUGGGGGCAUAACUAUAAACUGCAAGGUGAUGUAUAAGUGUUCACCAAAUUUCAGUCAUUGUCGCCAUUUUCUUUCGCAUGAAGUCGAGGAAAAUGUCUAAACUUCUGUCUUGCUACCCACCCACCCAAUAAACAUUACGACCUUCCGAUCCACCAUCUGUUUGGCUUUUAGGGACGAUCAGUGUAAACAAAAGUAAAGCUGAUUUUCGGCAUUAAGUUUCCCAUGGAGUCAGACUAUACGGUGUUAAUCAAAAGUUCCAUUUGUGCACAGUUGGAUUGCUUAAUUGUGGAGGACUAACCAAAGACUACGUACCGCUGGCAUUUGUGAAUCGUACAUCCUUUUUAAUUGAUAACCAUUGACAUACAUACAGAAUACAGUAACUGUUGUGAUUUUCCCUCUCCAGAAGACAUUGAUAAAAUCAUAUAAUUUUAUUCUACAUAUAAUUUCAGUUAUAUCAUGUUAGUAUUGCAAUUUCGAUGUACUUGUAUCGUAAAAGGAUAUUAUGUAUUGGCUAUCCCUAAGUUGCUAUGAUUUGUAUUGACGGUUAAUUAUACGCGUCAAUGUCAAUUCUCUCAUGUUAUGAAACUUCUUAUUUUAUUUGAUAUAUAUGUAGAUGUAUGUCUGGGGUUACCCCCCAGGGCACAUUGAAAAGCGCCUAGAAAAGGCGAUAUGUUACCCCUGGUAAAAUAAACAAAACAAACAAACAAACAAACUAGUAUACAGUAAUCAGAAAAUGAUUCAAGCUAUGAUAUUUUGUCUAGAUUUUUUUUUUCUAAAAAUGGUGUUCAAGCAAUUUCGUGUAGACUAAUCAUACUGUCAUGUGGCCCACAUGUCCUAUCGACAGUUCAUCAUUUUCCUAAAACUUUCUAAAUCUAUUAAGCCAUUAUGUACAGUUUUCAAGUUUGGUUCGAGUGGGUAAAAGUAAAGUAAGUAAUAUCAUUUAGUCGCUAC